AUGGCUACUUCCGCAAAGGAUAGUAGGAAAGAUCCCAUUGAGACACAAACCCAACCGGUGGAUGUUGAAGCAUGGGAGGGCGAGAACCCGGUCAAGCCAGCACCUGCGUCUAAUCAGGCUGAAUUGACGCCAAAUGAAGCAUUUAAGUGGAAUGUCGAGGGCGAUCAGUCGCCUUGUAUGUCCAUCUUUGGCCUUAUGGUGUGCGAUCAUCGCUGA